CUCCAUUGACGCUCUCAUCCCGUAAAAGUACUCUACUCUCCAUGCCCCUUUACGAACGCCUUCCUCACGCCGUUGCAUGCCAGGUCACAAGAAUCCGCUGCAGAUAUCCAGUAUAAUAGACCGCGUGCAGGCCGCCGUCACCAGCAGGUCCAAGCUCGAGCCGCCCGACCCGCUCGCCGCGGCCACCGCCGAGUCCCUCGCGCAGGGCAAGCCAUUCGAAAUGGACUUUGUUGACCUCACUGUCCACUUCGUCUCCGCGUCCGGCCUGCCGAAGAUGGAUGUCGUCGGCAGCGCCGAUCCGUACUUCGUCGCGCGGCUCGAUAACAAGAUAUCGUACAUCUCGGCGGUGAUCACCAGCACACGCUCGCCAGUAUGGAAUGAGGUGUGGAGGGUCAGAAAUGUGCCACACAAUUCGACCCUCACGGUGGAGGUCAUGGACAAGGAUAGCAACAGCCUCACCGAUGACUACAUCGGGCAUUUCCUCACCGCGGUCACACCCGGCGAGACUGAGUUUAGAAUAGAGGACAGGGCCCUCAAGCGGAACAGAGGCACGUUCCGCCUCAAUAUAGAGAUCAUGCCAUCAAGGGACCCCGCAGCGAGCGACUUUCCGUACGACUUCGACGGCCCCGUCCGUUACUCGACCCACUACUCGCCCACUGUCGGCCGCCUGACGCAGGCCGACAGCCGACUAUACACGACCUGGAAGGUGUACAUCAAGGGCGUGCACCGCUUCUUCGGCGACAGUGUCCAACACUGGAACCGCGACUACGCCAAGGCGCGCUCCAUCUUCCAAGGGCCUACCGCGCUUGCCAUCCGCACCGUCAUCCACACCGGCCACCGCAUGCUGUACGCGCGCACCGUGUCGAAUGGGUUCGGCUUCAUCGACGGCCCCGAAGACGUUCACCACCUCUUCCACGGGCACGCCGCACGCGACGAGAGCGGACCCAGCGCGCGCAACCCGUUCGUACACCGCAUCAAACCCGCCACAUACACGUAUGUCAUUGCCGUCGACGACGAUUCGUGGCGCUUCUCCGAGACGGGCGCAAAGUUCCUCGUCAACAUGGCGUCCAAGCAUGCUCUGCACUCGAACUGUGCCGAGGCUGUACGCUUUUCGGGCGAGUUCCAUCCGCGGCCCAAGGGCGGGUGGGAGAACUUUCAAGAUGAGAUGCGCGACGAGGACGUCGAAUGGGAGCUUGUCGUCGACAACAAGUCGGGUACGUACGCUCCCGACUGUGCCAUGCUCCCCGCCGUAAAGGCGCUGCUCGAGUACAACCUCCCUGGAUUCGCAGUCGUCACCUAUGACUAUAUGGAUCCUGCACUCCAGCGGAGCACGGAUGCCUGCCGGGCGUAUGCGAUGUCCAAACGUGGAAUCAGCCCCGAGGACCUCUCCCCGGAUGACCAUCCCGAAAAAGAGACUUUGCUCGAGCGCGCCUCAUCCUUUCUUCAUCGCGGGCACGUCAAGGAUGAAGCAGACUACGAACCGGAAGAGAUGCAGGGCGAACGUUAACCACAAUGAUCUACGUUGGAGUUUCUUAUAUCUAUUGGGCCGCUUACCAUAUAUCUGUACCAGCCAGAUGCGCUCAUACUCAUAACCUGCCUAGUACUUACUUACAUAGAUACCAUGCCUCCAACGAACAACAAGCAACCAACCAAUGAUGAUGGCAUAAAGUCAGAUAGAUCAAGCAGGGUAUGUGCGAGAUGGGUGAGGAUUAUGAUGACACUAAAAGCUACAAGUGCGUGCAUGGA